AUGUUCAAAAGCACCUCUUCGGCAGCCUCUCUCAUGUUGAAUAAUUCUACCCUCUCGGCAAGAUAUGCCUGCAUCAUUGACAAACAAAUUUAUCCGUUCAAACAAACAAUUCAAAAUUCCAUAAUCAUCAAUGAAUUAAAUUUCAAUGACAAAUUAUUCAGCAAGAAAUUACAUCAACAUAUAACCAUCUAUUUUAUGAAUAUUAAUAAUAUUGUUCCGAAUGUUACCAGUAUUAUUUAUAUCAAUGAUAAAUACUAUGGAACUCUGGAUAAAUUCAAUCAUGUUCUUCAAGUGGAAUUAUUGCCAUCUACAUUGACUCAUAUUGUGAUUAAAGAGAUGAAUACAUUAAUUUUUAAUACUACUUUUAAGGAAACUAAAGAAACUCAAUCGGAAAUGCUAGAGAAUUACAAAGAUAAAUUAUUUGAAUGUAUUAAUAUGGCAGUAAUAAGCAAUUACAUCAAAACUGGAAAAAUUCAAUUUGAUUCCACCUCUUCAACUGUUGGCAUUUCUGACUUGGAUAAAUUUUUCAUGGAACAAGAAACCAAACGCAACAAUGAUACAAAAAAGUUUAAAUCUAUUUUACAGGUGCAAUUGAGUGAUUUGACAGACAGAUUAUCCUUUCAAACAAAGAACAUGAGUCCAAAUGGUAGCGGAAAUGACUCUCAACUCAUUGAGUGGGCAGUAAAACAAUUCAAACAAAUCGAAAGUGACAUUAUGAACAAGUACUUGAAUAUCCUACAUUGUGUGAAUAUUUUGAGAAACUUUAAUCCAAAUAUUAUGAAUGCAAAUAGUGAAACAAAUUUAAAACAGAUAGAAUUGUUGUUUGAAUUAAUUCAAGACAAAUCUCUCGAUAAGAUUUCAACUCAAGAAUUGAAAGGCAAAAGAAAAGAAGUGAAUUACAUGAUUCAGGACCGAAUUCAAUUGUUAAAGAAAUUGAUGAGCACAGAAAAUCCUCCUUCAACCAACGCUUCCUCAUCCUCUGCAGGUAGUAGUAGUGAAAAUGUUCUAAACUCUUCAAAUAAAUGA